GGAAGUAAGCGAAGGAUUGACGAGCCUAGAGCCCGACCCGUACCCCGUGGCGGGAUUUGAUCUGAGCGUGAAAGCCUCAGCACAGCCCUCUUCCAUCGCGGUAGCAACGGCGUGUAUAGCGGAAAGUCGACGCGAUGCCACGAUGGUCUUGUUAGGCAUACUACCAACACAUCACGAAACACAAGCCCAUUGUGCUCCUUCUCUUGACUGCACUUUUUCAAACGACCCACAACAAACCUCAGGCCUCCAUAGGGCGGUGUGGAGCAGUGUCAAUCACAACUUCGUUCCUUUGGUGGCGUCGUUAAUCGAAAUGACAUCCAAGAUGCGCUUAGGGAUGGGGCCAUUUCUCAACAGCGCGCGCGGCCCCACAAGAUGUCAGCAUGAGCCAACAUUACUCCGGCACCGAGAGGAUUGUAAACUCAGGCUGUAUGUCUCAGAAAUCGUGCUUAUAAACACCCGGUCGCCACAUUGUGCGACAAAAUCCGUGUUCGCCGACCUGAGGAAGAGAUGCGGCUGUACGGGUGUGUCAGCCAUAAGCAGUUGGCUUGGCGUCUGCGUUCCGCUCUCGAUUUCGCUUGUUGCGCGGCUGAAGCCAAGAAGAGGUUGUAUUUGUGCUACAGAUGCCACCAGAUGUUUAGCACUAUCACGCGGCUGGAUCGUUCAGAGCUCAGACCGAUAUGUGGACAUCCGAACAGACGAACAGCGCACCGUACUUGACUGGAACAGGCUUAGAAAGCCAAGCUCUAGAGCUCAAAUUCAUGAGUACAGCCUGGUUGCCUUAUUGCAGCGCCUGAGGGCGAGGCGGCGGUGCUUAAAUGGUACAGCCUUCGUUGGGAAAAGUGGAGCGUGUUGUUGUGGCUAUAUACUAACGGCUCGAAAAACGCUGCUGAAGCGGAUGCGGUGAGCGAUGUUAAACCAACGCUGUCGCUUCAGCAUGAACGUCUGAACUGAGAGCUGCACGUUCUGCAAAACUACCAUGUGCGUCGCAAGUAACGCGUUCGUGGGUCCAUAAGCCAAGGAGUUCGCGUAACUAGGAUGCAGCGAUAAGGGCGGGGAUGAAUACAAGAGCGUCCAACAUCACGUCGAACCACGGUAGACGAUAAGAAACAUGGUUGGAAAGAGCAGGCAUGGUGACUUUAAUAGUUAUGGUCGGUUCUCUCCGUGAGGAGAGGGCGUUGGAAGAUGGACGUGUGGUGUGCACGAGCCUCUCAGGCUGGGGCUAGUACAUCAUCAUCGCGGGGAAGCUAUCGUAGCUAUCUCCAGUGACAACACAGCAGGCAUACCGCAACAAUAUCCGGCGA